AUGAAGCACUCGCUUUGGCUGCCGGUCGCUGUGGCUGCGCUGCUCGCCUUGCUUGCCGCUCCAUCACACCAGGCGGGUGAAACCAAUCCCGACAACAUCCCGACCGCGAACUGCUUCCCGUGGACCAAUCCUGGCCUCGACGGUGCGCGCGCUGCCCCUCUGAACCACAUUGUCAUGUUUGAAAACACUCAAGUCCGCGUCAUUGAAGUCACCAACGCGCCUUCUCCAAAGAACCGGUACCACACGCAUCCACGCGCGAGUCUCUUUAUGGAAGACAAGUCGUCCAGCGUCCGCCAUUACAACGCCCAUGGCAUCAUCACCACAGUGCCUGCGCUGCCGCCGCCAGUCCCCGUCUCUGACUACAACUCACCCAUGACGGUUGACAACGGUCGCGUCUACUUUAUGGCACCAAACGACAUGCACAGCGUCGAGAACGUCGACAACAAACCGUUCCACGCCAUCCGACUCGAGAUGAAGACCCUGAACACGUCCUUCUCCCAGCUCCCCUGCCCCACAGUGCCAUGCGUGGACUCGACUGACAUGGAGUUUGCCAGACGCGCCGCUAUUGAGCGUUACGACAUGCCGUACAAAGUCGUAGACCCCGUCCCCACGGCAAAGUGCUUCCCUUGGAACAGGCCGGAGCUCGAUGGACCCGUUGCUGCCUAUCAAACCGAGAAGGUUGUCCUGGAAAAUGAAGUCAUCCGAGUGCUCGACGUGACGAUCAAUCCUGGGCAAACCGAGGCCAACCACACGAGCCCGUACCCGGCUGUCUUUAUCAUGGAUAAGAAUGCCGGCAUUCUCAUCACCUCGGCGACCACUGGUGCCGUGAUUCACCAGUCCAUUCCCGCGGUGACGGAUCCCGUCCUGUACGAUGCUGGCAGCUCGUUUGCCAACGGCAAGAUUCUCUACUUUGGCGUGCUUGGACUCCACAACAUCCAAAACAUUGACAACAAGCCCUUCCAUGCCAUUCGCGUCGAGCUCAAGCAGCAGAACGUGGAGCUUCCAUGCUGA